UCAACCAUACGUUAGCACUUGGUGUCUCCAUUCUCUACGUGCAACUUGGUCUGUGCCUUUGUUGCUUAAUGCAUUGUUUUGACUUUUGUUUUCGCAUAUAUAAGGUUUAAUAUUGACUUGAAUAAUAUAAUAUCACAUAUAAAAUGCGAUACGGUUUUAUUUUUAUUGUAUCAUCAUUAUAUACGCUCGUCCCAUAAAUAGUACUAUAAAAAGAUAUUCAAUAAAAAUAAAAUAAUGGAGAUUUAUUUAACUACAAAUCAUGAAAUCAUCGAAGAAAAUGCUUACGAAAGAUGUGUUUGUUGCAAUCGAAUACAAAACAAUUUAACAAAUUUGUCUGUUUGUAACUUUGCAUACCUCAUUGAACGUUUAGUGGAUGUUAAGUUAAAAACAAAAAUAUCUAAAAUAUGUGGUGUUUGCCAUUCAAUUUUAAAAAGGAUUUACAAAUUUACGAAACAGAUGGAGGCAAGCUUUGGACUAGAUAUGCAGUAUACAUCAAAUACAAAUUGGUUUAAUCUAGAAAAAUCUGAUGUAGUAACACUAGAUACACAACUUCCAGUUAAUCAACAUAAUAAAUUGACAGAAGUUAAUAUUAAAGCAGAAGAUAUUCCCAAACUAAAAAAUGAAUUAUCAGAACAGAAUGAAUCAAGUCACAGUGAUGAGAACUAUGAUGAAUUACAAAUAGAACCCAUAGGACUUUUACAUGAUAAAAAGUUGCUAGUCACAAGUAAAUGUCAUAAAACAGUAUUACCAGUUACUAAGAAGCCCCGUACACAACUAGAGGCUAAUUAUAAAGGCAAAAUUAAAAUUAUAACAAUUUCAGUAGAUGAAGUUAUGAAAGAGAGAAAAGCAGAACUGCUCAAUAAAAAAUAUUUGAGACUGCCAUAUAAGUGUGAGGGCUGCAUAGUUUCAUUUCACUAUGAACAUGGUCUUCAACAACAUCUAAAUAAGAGUCACUUUCCACACAAAAAUGGAAUUAAAUGCUCAAUAUGUAGUUGCAUAUUUCCAACACAAUUAUCAUAUGAUGGCCAUAGCCGGAGACAUUUGAAAAGAUAUGAAUGCAUUCCAUGUGGAAAGCGUUCGAUGGCUGUAUAUCCAUUGUUAAAACAUUAUAACGAAGUACAUGAUAUUAUAAAGGAGUCUUAUAAGUGUAAGAGAUGUAAUUUUGUUACGACAAAAUAUUCAGAACACCGUCGACAUAGACGAACUCACGGACGUAAAGCAUUCUGUAACCUCUGUGAUAAAACAUUCGCGAAUAAUACGUCACUAGCCGUGCAUGUCAGUUCGGUACACAAUACAUCGAACGAAACAUUUCCGUGCGACGAAUGCGAUAAGGUGUACCAUAAACGAGCGAGUCUUUUAGCUCAUCAACGUUCUCACAAACCCGGUUUUUUUUACUGUGACGACUGUCAGAGGACGUUCAAGUCGAAGGCAAUCCUUUCUACGCACUUAAAACGUCAUUUGCGGCAUGCCAAGGAUGAUGCAUGGCGGUAUAAAUGUAAUGAUUGCGAUGAAAAAUUCAUGGUGAAACGAAAUCUAGAAGACCAUAUUAAUUUCGAGCAUUUAAAAAUAAUAAAAUAUGUAUGCGAUGUCUGCUCAAAGGUUUUCAAAACACAUCGUUGUCUUACAAGGCAUGUUAAGAGUGUUCAUGAAAAAAUUCGGCCACCAAAGAAUAAAAUAUGUGAUUAUUGUGGUCGGGGAUUCUCGUCCACAGCAGAGUUAAAAAAUCACAUCACAACACAUACUGGAGAACGCCCCCACAAGUGCCCUUACUGUUCAGCGACGUUUGGCCAAACAGCAUCUCUAUAUACUCAUAAAAAACUUGUACAUAAGAAAAAUCUGUGAACAUUUUGUAUAAAGAUGGAGCUUAUUUUAUGUAUAAUUGUACCUUGUUAUCUACAAAAACUAUUUAAAGAAUCAUUUUAAGAAACGUCGUUUUAUUAUUAUUAUAGCACCUUAUACAUACUAGGCUUAGAUUAAGUACCUAGCAUAGGUCAUAUAAAAGACUCUUUUGCAAAAAAACGGGCA